AUGGACGCUCCGUUCACGCCCUCUCUACCUUUCUACUACGACUUGCCUGAUGCCUCUUCAUCCUGGGCCGCCGCCGCAGUCGCCGCCGCCGCACAGGAGGGCCAUUCCCAGCGCAGAUUGCGCCAGGCCGUUCUCAACGAGGCUCCUAUCUCCGAUAUAACCGCUACCACCACCACCACCACCACCAUCGCUACUACCCCUGGGUGGGAAGAACUCGCGGACUUGACUGCAUGGACCAUCCCCAGCGACCUCCCCCUGAUAACCCCUGCUCUCCUUCUAGAGGAGCCGUUGACAGACGUCAUCAUCCCAGCCCCGCCUUCUGCUCCCUGCGUUUUCCAACUACCACAGAGUGCUGCGGGGUGCGCAGACGGCAGCAUGGCGCCAAGGGGUCCAAGUGAACCUCUUGUGACUGAGAAUGGGGCCUGCGCGCCAGGCGUCACUAGCUUGAGUUUUGAGACGCCUCAGAAGGACCCUCUUGUGACUGAGAACGGGGUAUACGCGCCAGGAGUCGCUGGCUUGAUGACUAUGAAUGAGCGCGCGCUUGUUGUUGACCUGGGGUACUCACCAGUGGAAGCGUUUUCAACGAUGGCAGCGGAAUUGGCAGCAGAAUCAGCAGCAGGUGGGAUACAUGCCCCCAUGCCUCGGCUUGACCCUGGCAUUGCCGCGUUGAUCCAAACCGGCGCUGCGUUUCAACAACACCAACACGUAAGAACGGAAGCUCCUGUCUCACGCUCUGCUGUCGUUUCGACUCCUGCAGCUGCUCCUGCUGCUGCGCCUGCUAUUGGUAGGAGCCUUGCGUCAACCUACAACGCCACCUCUGUCGCUGUCACCGCUCUUGAAGCCACACGAGCACGGGAAACACGGACCACACAACCCACAGUUCACCCCGCGCAGACACAGCAAACGAAGCAGGAAAGGCCGAGUGGCGCCCAGAAAAGGGAACUGGGCGUGGAACGACGGCCCAUACACCGCCGCAGCGUUACGGAGAAGCGUAGACGACACCGGGUCAGUGCGGGGUUCAAGCAGCUAGAGAAGGCCAUUCCAGCGUCAUGGCUGCGUCAACAGUGCUCCACCAACCUGGCUGCUCGGACCGAUAUGGCGUCGCUGCUUCACGCUGCUGUGGCGUUUAUUGAACAGCUGGAGGUGCAAAAGGCCAUGCUGUCCCAAGCUUACCUCCAGAGCAUGCCGCAAUGCAAGAAGUAA